AUAAUUGGUUAGUAGUGCUCUUUAGCGACUCAAACAAGGCAGGCGCAACUGAUAGCAGCUUUCCGAUAUGGCAAAAUGUUACAGCAGCUUUGCUGCAACCGCUUUUUUAAUGUUCAUCGUGUUACAGCAGUGCGCUCUGCUUGCGCUAGUGAGCAGUGCUGCUGCUGAGUCAACAAGUACAGCGCUUUUGGAAAAAUUAGCACCAGAUCAUGUAUUCUUUCCUGAUGAAAUUAUGGCGAAGCGAGUUGAAUAUGAGGAUUUCUUAGAUCCAAUUUCGGGCGAGGAUGAAGAUGAAGAGCCUUACGAAAUUGCAGACUUUGCUAGAGUUUCUUCAGAGGAGGAGGAGAAUUUAUCUGCUACAACUGACACUGUUAUCGGUUAUGUGUUGUUUCCCUCAUCCGCAGAGUAUGUUUAUCACUGAAAGGUUCUCUGGAAAAUCAGCUUUUUAAUUGCAUGAUGGUAGUGUGUUUUUAGUAUAACUGUACAAAAGAAACACUAUUUUAAUAAUGUUCUUAAUGAACUUGAGUAUUUGUGUAAGCAUCUGGAAUAAUACUUCAAUAUAAAAGUGUAGAUUUUUUAAAUUUUUGCAAAAUUCUCAUUGUAUUUGCCUGAGUGCUCAUUGAAAAUAGCAUAGCGUAAAUAGCACAACGGAAAUUCUAUUCUAUUUUAAAAAGUUAAGCUAAAAGUUUGCACCAAAUGAAUGACCUCUAGGAAAAUCGAGCACUAUAUUUUUGGUGAUGUGAACAAAUAUUUUAAAAUAAAUUGUUUUUCUUUUUUUGGAUGUUUC